CGGGCACUCCGGCGAGACCCUCACCUCUUCCAACACCCACCACCUCCCCCCAUUUCGCAGCCAUGGGCUUCGUCGACUUCGCCGUUCUGACAGGCAUCAUCACUGCCUCGCUUGGGAUAUCACUGCUCAUUACAGUACCUCUGACUGGUGCAUUGGUUCGCUUGCGAGCGAAUUACAGUCCACGCGGACUGCAACUCGAUGCAGAGGGCAACAUAGAGCCUCACACUGGCCCUGUCGUCACAUCCUUCUUCGGCAUGCUGAGGCGUGUCAAGCGUCUUGAGGGCUGGGCUGGAUUGUACAAGGGUCUCAUGCCCAGCUUGCUGUUCAGUCUGGUGUUGACCGUUUUCGCUGUGACCGUUCUGAACGCAAAUUCCGCAAGCCGAACAGGCAGAGUUGAUCCUCCGGCGGGCGGCAUUCUUGGGACGCUGAUGUACAGCCUACUGUCCAUGCUGGUGUCUUUGCCAGCGGCCAUCAUAACGUAUCGGUCGGUCACCACUCCCUACAAGCUGCCAUACUUCCGUCCCCUCUAUUCCCUCCGAAUUCUACUCACUCCGACGGAACGCAAGCGACCCUGGGUGCUCUACCUUACGCCCGGUCUGCUUACGGCAGAAGUGCUCCACGUCGCCUAUACGGCACUCCUCCUGUCUAGCCUUCGUUCGCUGCUAUUGCCGCACCCAAGUUCGGACUUCAGCACCUUCAAAUUCGGAAUCUAUCUCGCCGUCGAGGUCCUGAGCACGUUCAUCCUUUGCCCUAUUGAGGUGAUCACCACGAAGCUCGCUAUCCAGCGUAACCAUGCUGCGCCCGAAUUCAAUUCGGUGGAGCAGGAAGUCGAAGGCGAUGGUCUUGAAGGCGAAGAAUACACAGAGUAUGCGGGCGCUGAAGAAGAUGUCAUUGGCCUGCGUCACGAGAAAGAUCCUUACCUCGGCUUCGCGGAUUGCGCCAAGCGGAUCAUAGAAGAGGAAGGUUGGACUGCGCUCUACCGAGCGUGGUGGAUCACAUUACUAGGCGGAGCUGGGAACGCGCUCGCAACUGCGGCGCCGGCAAUGGCCUGAGUAAAGCGAAUCUGUGAGGUCUUCUGGUUCUAGUCUCGUUAUGUACAGUGUUCAUAUCUCUCGUAUGUAUUGCAUGUACGACAAGCUCAAACUGUCUGAGAGCAU